AUGGUUAUAAAGUGUCUAGUGUGUUCAAAUAAGUAUGGACCAUUGUCAAGUGUUACAUUUCAUAGAUUUCCAAAGGAUAGCGAAAGAUUUUAUAAGUGGGUUAAAAUCUGCCGCCGUCCUGAUCUAUUAAAUGAGGGUCCAUCCGUUUGCUAUAAAAAAUUUAAAUUAUGUUCAGAGCACUUUCUGAAAACAGAUUUUAUUAAUUGUAGGUUGAGUAGUGUUGCUGUGCCUUCAGUAUUUAAAUGGUCUGAUGUAGAAUGUUCAGAUGUUAUUACUGAUGAGUCUAUUCCUAGUACUUCAGGAAUAAUGGCUGAUUCU